AUGCCUUGGGUAGUGAAAAGUGUCAAACAGAGUAUUAGAAUGCUCUGGGGUUGUUUUUACCUUAUAUCAGUUCUAAUAACUAUACCCAGUGCUUUUAAGAUUGGUGGUUUAUAUUGUGGUUUAUCUUUCACGAUGACUUUGUUUCAUUUAUACUUUCUUUCAACCACUAUGCAUUUAAUUGCCAAAAGAACGUUAAAUAAUUUUUACAUUCUUUUAUCUACUCUAGUAUAUUAUUUACAACACAUUGUAAUUGCAUCUUUAUUAUAUAUUUUUAUCACAAUAUUUUCAGAUGGAAAUUUAAAUGAGAUAUUAUCGAAUAAUAAAACUGAUCAAUUACCUUCGUUAUUAUAUUAUAUUAAAAAUGAUACAUCAAAAUCAGUUUCUCAAAAUUUUCAUUAUUUGCUAUUUUAUUAUUAUUAUUAUUAUGCAGUUCAACCGUGGAAUUAUCUUUUAUCUCAUUCAACACCAUUUUUCACAUUAUUGGAAGGGUUUUUCACAAUUUUGGGUAUUCAAGCAAUUGGUGAAACUUAUUGUUGGUUAUUACUAAAGAAACAAAAAAAAAUCUUUAAAUUACUAACUUGGCUUAUUUCAGUUGGUGUAAUUUUUACUGCAAUUCAUUUUCUAUAUAAAAUUUAUGAAUUUCAGGUAUGGGAACUAUCGAUCCAAACUGCUUCUUUGUUAGGUGUUACAAUGUCGUUAGUACUAACGGUAGGAAUAUUUGGUAUAUUUAGUACAAAUGGAUCAUUAAUUGAAAGUUCAUUGUUUUUGGGCUACAUUAUUCGUUGUUUCUAUGAAAUUUCUCCAGAAUUAUCAACUAGUGCUACAACGGAGAUACUAGAUAAUAUUAAAGAAGCUUGGCAAAAUCACCAAGGCUCGAUAACAGUUACAGAACAUAUUCUAUUUUACUAUAAUAAUGUCUUACUGAAAAAUAUCAACUCAAGCUAUUUAUUUAAUUCAAACUUUAGCAAAUCAAAUGACACUUCAGCAAAAAAUCGUACACUAGCAGAAAUUCAGAGAAGUACUAAUAACUAUACAUUGACAGAUAUAACAAAGCCUUCAGAUCUCAUCCAUUUGAUUGGCUUUAAAUCAAUCUAUCAAAAUUGGUUAAUAUAUGCCACACCGAUCUACGAGUUAUUAAAGGAUUUUGUUUUAAAUAUACCGACAUCAUUAGCUAACCUAUCUCAAGUUACUUAUAAACUUGCAUAUGAUUCAGUAUCUCCAUCAAUCGUUAUAAAUCUUUGCUUCCGUGUUUUAAUUUUUUACUCUGCAACACGAAUUAUUCCUGCAGUUCAAAGAAAAAAUCACCUUGAAACAAAAAGAAGUAGAAAUUUUUUGAAAGCAUUCUAUUUAUUUAGUCCUUGUAUUGUUAUUGCAAUGUAUACUAACUUAAUAUUACAAUACUCUGGUGAACUUAAAAAUGAUCUGUGUAUUUGGGGAUGUGAUAUCAUAUCUAAAUCUAUCUCGCAACGUAUGAGCACUAUCAAUAUGGAUGUUGGUAGUGAUGAUACAUAUCCCAAUAGAGAAUUCAUAGUGAAUUCUUGGGGAUUUUGGAACUGGUGUAAUAUAUUUUGCACAAUUUUCAUUUAUGGUUGUGAAUUGAUGGGAUUAUGA